AUGGCAAUGUACCUGGCGGCUCGUGAGGUAUGCGCCGUGGAAGACCAGCCUGAUUUUUUCCACCACCCUUGGCCGCUUCCCAAGUGGCCUUUGCCGCCACAAUUUCCUUACCAUCCCAAGUAUCCUCCGCCUUAUGUUCACAAGUCUCCACCACCACCAUCUCCUUCUCUCCAUCCCCCAUAUGUUCACAAGUCUCCACCACCACCAUCUCCAUCCCCUCCUCCACCUUAUGUCUAUAAAUCUCCUCCUCCACCAUCUCCAUCCCCUCCUCCUCCUUACAUCUAUAAGUCUCCUCCUCCUCCAUCUCCAUCCCCUCCUCCUCCUUACGUCUAUAAAUCACCACCACCACCAUCGCCAUCACCUCCACCGCCCUAUCUAUACAAGUCUCCACCUCCACCAUCUCCAUCUCACCCUCCACCUUACAUUUACAAGUCUCCUCCUCCACCAUCUCCAUCUCCACCUCCUCCUUAUGUCUAUAAAUCACCGCCACCACCGUCGCCAUCACCUCCACCGCCCUAUGUAUACAAGUCUCCACCUCCACCAUCUCCAUCUCCCCCUCCACCUUACAUUUACAAGUCUCCUCCUCCACCAUCUCCAUCUCCACCGCCUCCUUAUGUCUAUAAAUCACCUCCACCACCUUCGCCAUCACCUCCUCCACCUUAUGUAUACAAGUCUCCACCACCUCCAUCUCCAUCACCACCUCCCCCCUAUAUCUACAAGUCUCCACCUCCACCAUCUCCAUCGCCUCCUCCACCAUAUGUCUAUAAAUCACCACCACCACCGUCUCCGUCUCCCCCUCCACCUUACAUUUACAAGUCACCUCCGCCACCCUCACCGUCACCACCUCCUCCUUACAUUUAUAAGUCUCCACCUCCACCAUCUCCGUCACCACCUCCACCUUACGUCUACAAGUCACCUCCGCCACCUUCACCAUCACCACCUCCACCUUACGUCUACAAGUCACCUCCGCCACCUUCACCAUCACCGCAUCCUCCUUACUACUACAAGUCUCCACCACCUCCUUCACCUUCACCUCCGCAUCAUGUAUACUACUACAGCUCUCCUCCACCUCCCCCGGUUUAUUAAACAGAUUAAAUUCCACUUCUCUGUUGAUUAUCAUGCACGUUAUGAAUAUUAUUUGAUUGAAAAAAAAAAAUUAAUUAAUAACUGUUUGCAAGCAAUAAUCAUAUUCAAGGCGGCCUCCUUUAUAUAUACCACGUACAGUAUGAACACUACGUUUACUGCAGCAAAGAAGGAAUGUCUACGUGGGUUAUCAAGCUUCAUGGAGCACCUGAAAUUAUUUUUCUUCUAAAAGAUUGUUUUCUUUACUUGCAUGUAAUAAUUUUUUUUAGAGAU